CUUCAGCGCCGGUCACAUCACUGCAGAAGUACUUCGAGAGCUAUGUCUCUAUCGCCACGAAUGUGCCGUUUCUGGCGGUACUGGCGUUCAACGCCCUCUUCGGUCACAAAUCAGCAGACAUUCUUCGGUUUAACGAUCGCAUCGAUUGUCUUCUUGAGCACAUCCGCCGGUAUUCUUCAGUCAAGUGUGUCGGGCAUUGCGGCACUAUUUCCGGCGCAUUGUAUGCAGGCUAUGGUCACCGGUCAGGCCGUGUCCGGGCUGUUCGCGGCGGCCGCACAAGUGUUGGCACUGAUGGGUCACUGGUAUGUCACUAACACUGCCUUCUACUACUUCCUGAUGGCCGACAUUACGCUCGUAUUGAGUCUAAUUAUGUAUUUAUACGCCAAACAGACCGAUUUUUACAGAUAUCACAAACAGCGAGUGAAACAAAGCCGACGAGAGCUCCAGUCAUUCGAGUUAAGCGCUGAACAAAACUCAAUUAAAUCGAUCGGAUAUUCGAUUUGGCCACAUCUAGUGUCGGCAGCGCUAAUCUUUUGGGUAACUCUAUCGGUAUUCCCGGCCAUUACAGUACUGGUUGGGCCGCAACGGCCGGACACCUCCUACUGGACGGGCAAAUACUUCAUUCCCAUCACAUGUUUUCUGUUAUUCAACGUAAGCGAUCUGAUGGGUCGGUUCGCCGGUCAGUUCGCGCCCAUACCGGCGCUCAGUAAACGGGCCGUACUUUUGCUGGCUAUGGGAAGAGUGGUAUUUAUACCGGCGAUAAUGCUGUGCAACGCCGGCCCCCGACAGCACCUGCCGGUCCUGUUUCCCAACGAAACCUAUUUUAUUUUAUUUAUAACACUAUUGGGUUUCACGAAUGGUUACGUAUUGAUAAACGUAAUGAUAAACGGACCGACACUAGUCGGCUACGAGUGCCGGGAAAGGGCCGGCUUUUUACUCGUUUGCUUUCUGGGCGUCGGCCUAACGCUCGGCUCGUUUUCGUCGACGGUUUUGGUCCGACUUUUAUAG